AAGUCAAUCAACAUUACACAUUUAAAAUAUAGCGGUCAGACCUAUGUUGUCAUUCUUAUAUGUGUUUUAAUGCUAAUGUAGGUUUGGUAGUGUUUUAGGCUACCACACAACGGCUGCUUUAGUUAAUCAGUGGCUAUGGCUUUUGGAUUUGUUUCAGGAGGGCUGCUUCUCCUGUGUGCAGUAACUUGUGCUCUGCGUGACUCUAAAAAUACAUUGCAACAGUCCUCCAGACUACCACAAGUUCCCAUUGUGGUUGAAUGCAAGGCCCAUGCCCUGUUCAUCUCGGUAGACCUACCACCUUCUGGCAGUGAGCCUCGUUUUGAGGCCAUUGAUGCCACAGGUGCGUAUCCUGUCACAGAGAGCUAUGGGGCUCAGUGUGGUUACACUUACUCUGCCCAUCCUUUGGUGGGUCUUGUUCAUCUCAGAGCUUCGUACUUCUCAUGUCACACGGGAAAUCAGAAUGAUGAGGUCUUCACCUUCAUGUUUGGGUUGUUCAUUAUGUAUGAGAGUGGCAAAGAAUUGUUUUUCAAUGUCUCCAAGACUUGCUCUGUUCCUCCUUUCCCUCCAAGGGUGGUUACUUGUGAGGAGAACUACAUGGAGGUGUCUGUGAGAACUGAUCUACCUUCUCCUACAGCUGGCAGUAUUAAAGAAGGCUUCUCUGCAGCUUCAGCUGUGGCCCAAAGUUCAGCUGUUGAGGCCUGGCAGGUGAUGCUACAACAAGAGGGCCAGCAGUCUGAGGUCAUGUCAGCUGAAGAUGCUGCUACUCUGGGCUACUUCAUAAUGGUCACCCCUGGCAGACUUGUGUUUCGAACAACCUUUGGACAACGUCAUGCUUCUGUAAAAAUGGUCAAUGGUGUUGCGGUUGAAGUGAUCCAAGCCACAGUGUUUUUCAGACAGAACUGGAUGGUGGUCAUGGUGGACCUGGUUGCUGCCUGUUCACUGGAUGAAGGCACUUUUGAUGGCUACAGACUUCACUGGAGGACCCCUGCAGUAAUGACUCCUCUGGUUGUUGGACCCUCUGAACUGAGGAGCGAGUACAUAGGCAUGGGAGUUGAUGGUGAGGUUGUAGAUGAACAGGCCGCGACAGACCGAGGCUAUUCUGUGACAAUCGGUGAAGACACUGUGGACAGUAGCAUCCCCUUUGCUGCUGAGGGAGGAAUACGAAAGAGCUUUGUGACUGGAAAUGUGUAUAAUGAGCUGUACACAGUCCAGCUGACCUACCAGCAAAAGCUUGUAGACCAGAAUGGUGUGGUGACCAAGCAUAAUGCGGUCCGGCAGAUGGCUACUCCACCAAUUCCUCGUUCUCCCUUUUCAGUUAACCAAACAACCCUUGAGGAGCGAGUCUUCCAGGUCUACCUGGGUAAUAUUCCUUUUGAUGUGGAACUGGUGUCCGUGGAGCUGAAUGGGCAGGAGAUCUCUGUAUUGACUGCUGCAAAGAUGGGAUACUCCAUCACCAGAGUCCCAGAAGAAGAAAAUUCCUUUGCGUACAUCAUUAGGGUGCCAUUUGAUGACCGACUUGUUGUGAAGCAGUACCUUUCGGCUGGCUCUUUUGAGUACACUCUGGAUAUUAAAUGGACUUUGAACAUCAGGCCUCAGAUGGAGGCCUAUUACCACUUUUCUUCUGUGUCUGCUCUAAUCGCUGAUGCCUUACCUCCAGUGUUUGACGGCAUGUGUACUGACAAUGGCAUAAGCUUCAUGAGUGACCAUCAGCAGUAUGACUACUUGUGGGACAUUGCCAUUGGGUCUUACACUCUGACCCCACAGCUGGCAUCUGAGCGUGGCUACAUCCUGACCAAUGACAGCACCACAUUAAUAUUGGCUGUGCCUCUAUUUACCAUUGGAUACGUUUAUGAGGGUAUUACUCUGAAGCAGUUCUACGGCACUUUUGAACUUCUCACCAGAAGUGCUAAAACCCUGGAGAUUGAGCAGUCUUCAGCCAAACGCUGCCUUUUCCAAACCACUGAGCUUUUGGUAUGCUCUACUGAGGGUGUGAUGACUGUAGUGACAGACAUCACUAAAGCGGUACCUUCUGCUGAUCCUGCCAGAACCACACUGUUGGACAGAAGCUGCAGGCCCCAAGAAACUGAUGAGACCAGAGUCCUUUUCUCUUUUGGACUUAACACUUGUGGGACUAGAUUUCAUAUUGAUUGGCAGUAUGUGACCUAUGAAAAUGAGAUAACAUUUCAUGAGUUGUAUUCCACGGACAGCAGGCCAGUCAUCACAAGAGAUGCUGCAUACAGACCUUCUGACUUGUUAAUCAGAAUGACCAUAAGGUGCAUUUACCCAGUACGUGGCAUUGAAAGCCUUUUUGUGGACCGAAAGUUUAGAGCGGAGACACCUGGAAUUGGACAAAUCAAGGACCCUGUGAAGGUUCCUCCCCAAAUGCUUAAGCCCAUGCAACCACAGAAACGCACUGUUAUGAAGCCCUCUUUUCAGGGAUCUGCUGCAAGGAAACCAGCUGACUAUGCACGAGUGGGCCAGUGGAGCGAGCCCCUAGACAAAUAUGCCCAGUGGUCACUAGGUCCUAAUGGAGGCUUUUAGAUCGAUGUGAUUUUAAUCAACUUGAAUCUUAAGAGUUUGUCUUGUGCUGUGUAAAAUAAAAGUACUUUUUUCUUCAA